AACUAAUGAAAGCCCCUAAGCCCAAGCCCAAUAGUAGAAGCGACAUAAAAAACCGUAUAUAUCAACAAAUCUCUCUCCAUAAACCCUAAUUUUCUCACAAGGCCACACUCUUCGAUCUCACACUGGUUGCUAACAAGUAUCGAAGAUGAGUAAGCUUCAAAGCGACGCUGUGAGAGAGGCUAUCACAAGUAUUGUGGGUGCUUGCAAGGAGAAAAACCGGAAUUUUGUGGAGACUAUUGAGCUCCAAAUUGGGUUGAAGAACUAUGAUCCUCAAAAGGACAAGCGUUUCAGCGGCAGCGUUAAGCUUCCGCAUAUCCCUCGUCCUAAGAUGAAGAUUUGUAUGCUUGGAGAUGCCCAGCAUGUUGAGGAGGCUGAGAAAAUAGGACUGGACUCGAUGGAUGUUGAAGCUUUGAAGAAGCUCAACAAAAAUAAGAAACUAGUGAAGAAAUUGGCUAAGAAGUACCAUUCCUUUUUAGCUUCUGAAGCUGUUAUCAAGCAGAUUCCGCGUCUUUUGGGACCUGGACUCAACAAGGCAGGAAAGUUCCCUACCCUUGUUUCCCAUCAAGAAUCUCUUGAGGCUAAGGUUAAUGAGACCAAGGCUAUGGUCAAAUUCCAGCUUAAGAAAGUGUUGUGCAUGGGAGUAGCUGUUGGCAAUGUCAGUAUGGAUGAAAAGCAAAUCUUCCAGAAUGUGCAACUGAGUGUUAACUUCCUCGUGUCCUUAUUGAAAAAGAACUGGCAAAAUGUCAGGUGCUUGUAUCUGAAGAGUUCGAUGGGCAAAUCACACCGUGUCUUUUAAACAAUUGUUUUUAAAUUCAAUGUAUUUGAAAUUGCGCUUAAUAUUUUGGUUUACUGUAAUAGUUGAGACAGGAGUUUUUGAUCUUUCUACAAUUUUGUUUGAUGAGAUUUUGUUAGUA